AUGCCGCGCGGCGCUGCGCAGACUUCGAAGCCCACCAGCGCCGCGCCGGCGGCGGCACCCGCGGCGCCGCAGCGGUUGUUCACGCAGCCUGCGCCUGGCACAUUCGUCCCGUACGAGCCGCCCGCCUCCCCACCUGCCGCGUAUGCGGCCCCUGAUCUUUACUACUUCGACGGCGCCAACUACCGGCCAUGGCAGCAGCAGCUGACGCUCCCCCCCGUGCCGCCGGCGCCCGCGGCGCAGCCGGCCACCUCGUCACGCGGCCCGCCGCCCCCGGGCGCGCCCGGCGGGCCGCCGCUGUACGAGGAGACCUCUCAAGGCAUGUUCUCCCGCUGGGCGCCGCCGGCCGGCGCGGCGGUCGGGUCGCAGCCCAAUGUGACGCUGUACCUGCGCAACGAGACCACUGGUGUCUUCCAGGUCCUCUUCGACCCUGCCCUGGCCGUUGCCGCGCACAACAGCAACUCCACCGGCGCUCCCUCCAACGCCGCCGAAGACGCCGCCGACCGCAGCGGCGGCGCGCCGGCGGCGCCGGGCGGCAACGCGACGAGCAGCAACGGCAGUGAGGCGACAGCGUGGAACCCGCUCUACGUGCGUGAUGCGGCCAGCAGCGCCGAGCGCGGGCAAGAGGCGUUCAAGGAGUGA